GAGAGAGCAUUUCGUUUUAUCAGAAGAAGAAACAGCCUCCCUGUUACUCUUUCUUUGUUUUUCAUUUUCUUCCUGUUGUCUGCUAUUUUGCUUCUACUUUCUUCUUCUUUCUCGAGAAUCUAACAGAGAAUUCCCGAGGAAAAGCUAAAAACUGAUGAUAAUUUGAUAAAUAAACGUUGAGGAUCUAAAUUCUAAACCAAGCGAGGGAGACAGAGAGGGAGAAGAAUCUGAGAAUUGUUAGAUACAUUUGGAGAGAUUGGAGGAAAGUUUUUUGCUGGUUCUAUUACCUGAUCGUGAAGAUUGCUUAUGUUUUGUUGGAAAUUUGAGAAUCUGUAACAAGAUAAGAUACAUUCCAAAGAGACCGGAGCUACUUUGUGAAGAAAUUUGGACUGAAUAUAUCUGCAAAUAGGCAGAUCAAUUGCUGACAUAUCAAAAGAUUAGAAUCUUACAUCAUGAGAGUCGAAAGAACAGGCUUCAAAUGUCAAUAUUUGGUUGAAAAUCCAGAGUAGAUUUGUGUUUCGACCAAAAGGACUAAAAGAAGCAAAGCUUUUGGUGAAUUAGUUGGAAAGGCAGAGCCUGAGUAAUUCAGAUGCAGAGACCGUUCGAUGCUUGCCUUUUUCUUCCCAUCUUCAACUUUUCUUCAGGCUUAAGCCGCUUUCUUUCCCUCGGAUUUUUAUAUUUUUCUUUUCAAAGUUUCUGCGGAAAUUCCUAACCGUCGGAUGCACUGAUGAUAAGCUGACUGAGACAACUUUUGUUUGAAAUUGCGUGGAAGUUUUAAGAGAAGGCGAAGCCACAGUGUGCGGAGAAGGAUGGAAAAGGACUCAUUAAGGACCAACAAUAAUGGUAAUAACACCAACCACAGCAGAGACAGAACCGGAGGCGACGGGGGAUUGUUAAGAUCCAGCUCAGAUACGGCGAAGCAAACGCCGUCGUCGUCUGAUUUUGUUUUGCAGUGGGGAAACCGGAAGCGCCUCAGGUGUAUGAAGAUCCAGGUCAAAGACGAUCAGUCCGGCCCGGUUCAUCGAACCACGGUUCGAGUCGAUCGCCGGGUCGUGAGGGCGGAUAAAGACUCUUCAAAUCAGCCAAGCAAUAAUAAUCACGGGAAUGGAUAUUUUAACCUCCGUCAACGGCCUGCUUCUCCUCAAGCUCCUCCACCUCAGCGCGUUCUCAGGAACUCUGAGAAUCCCAGUGCUAUGAGAGGCCAAAGCAACGGUGGUGUAAGGGGAUUAUCUUCGCCGGACAGGGGUGCGCGCGAUAAGAGAGGUGGUAACCAUAACAAUAACAACCACUACAGCAACAAUGAUAACAACCACCAGCACAACAACAAAUCAGCGGCAUCUUCGGAGACGGCUCACGAUAGCAAAAAAGGAGGCUCGUCUUCCGGGAGCGGUGAGGCAGUUCCGCCCGUUUGGCCACCGAAAUUCGUGAUUGCUUUAACGAAUAAAGAGAAAGAAGAGGAUUUCCUGGCCAUUAAAGGAUCUAAGCUACCACAAAGACCCAAAAAGCGAGCCAAGUUCAUCCAACGUACCCUCAAUCUGGUGAGCCCGGGGGCAUGGCUAUGCGAUUUAACCCUUGAGCGAUAUGAGGUCAGAGAGAAGAAGAUCUCAAAGAAGAGACCAAGAGGUUUGAAGGCAAUGGGUAAUAUGGAAUCUGAUUCUGAAUAGAGAGCAGCCCAGGGUUGGUUUUUGUAUUGCAAUAUGGAAUGAUGAUGAUGAGAUGUUGAUGGGCAGAAGACCUUGGUCUUUUACUUUUGACGAUGACAGAAAGGGUGUAAACUGUGUUAAUGGUGACCUUUGGUCUAUGGGAUAAUGAAAGAAUUAAAUUAUGCCCAAAUUUUUGGUAUUUAGUUCAACCUUUUA